AUGGCUCCGGACCUAAAUUCCGUGCCGCCAUCCCCUCGUAAUGCGCAGCAGCAGCCACCACCGCAAUCGGAUUCCAGGCGGCCAUCAGCACCACCUUCACGCCGCGCGUCGCAGAUAUAUCCCAUGAACCCCCCGCCACUGCCACUCGUCUCUCCCGGUGGAAGUAUACCGGCGAGUGUACAGCAAGGACAUGUUCCAUUUCCGCCUCUGAGCCCGGGAAUGGCAGAGACGGGCGUGCCAAUGAGGCAUCCGCGGCCGCUGACUGCGGCGGAGCUACACUUGGAAUUGGAGAAGGAGCAAGAGGCUAUUGUGAACAGGCUUACCCGCGAGCUGACUGCGCUGCGGGCACACAGCUCCUCGGUUGCAAGUACGACAUCCAUCUCGUCAAGUUCGACAAACCCACCGUUGCCGCACGAUCCCUCCGAUCCAACGCUCACCGGGCCAAACCACCCGGCACAGUCGCGAAGCAGACACCGCAGUUCGAGUUCCGUGUCCGCGUCCCAGCGACAAGCAAACUUCACGGCCAUCGAUCCAGCAGCAUCCACACCCUCAGCCGCGUCUCGUGCACCCAGCAUCAGCGCCACGGGCGGACCAUUGAUGCCUACGACGCCGCGGUACGAGGAAGUGCUCCUACAUCGACAGGAACUGGAGGAGGCCAAGCGGGAGAAUGAGAGGCUGCGACGGAGGGUGCGAGAGCUGGAGGCUCUCGUCAGGGGCAGGCGUGCGAGUAGUGUGAGCACGAGAGAGGGAGUCUCCGGCGCGAACACAAGCGAGAGGAGUGAGAGGAGUGUGAGCGUGAGGAGGCGACGACCGGAGGGGAGCGUCGAGGCAGGGAGUACGACUGGAUGA